CUCAGCGGGGCAUUAAUGCGGGAUGAGCGAUCAAAAGAAGGAGGAAACUAUGCCCACAGAGGGAGAGAAAUCUCCCGAGGCAGAGAAUAACAACAAUAAUAAUAAAAAAGGGAAAACUGGAGGCUCACAGGAUUCUCAGCCUUCACCUCUUGCUUUGCUAGCAGCCACUUGCAGCAAAAUAGGAACUCCUGGUGAGAAUCAAGGAGCUGGACAGCAGCAGAUUAUUAUAGACCCAAAUCAAGGUUUGGUGCAGCUUCAGAAUCAGCCACAGCAGUUGGAAUUGGUAACAACUCAGCUUGCUGGAAACGCUUGGCAGCUCGUUGCUGCUACUCCUUCUGCUUCAAAAGAAAAUAAUGUUCCUCAACAAGGAUCUUCUGUUGCCUCAAGUGCAGCAAGUCCCUCCAGCAGUAACAAUGGAAGUACAUCUCCCUCAAAAACCAAAUCGGGCAAUUCUUCUACAACGACCCCUGGACAAUUCCAAGUCAUUCAAGUACAGAAUCCAAGCGGUAGUGUCCAGUACCAAGUGAUUCCACAGAUUCAGACAACGGAAGGUCAAAUCAAUCCAUCCAGUGCUACUGGUCUACAAGACAUACAGGGUCAAAUUCAGCUUAUUCCUGCAGGGAAUAAUCAGGCUAUCCUCACAACUGCAAAUAGGACAGCUUCGGGAAAUGUUAUUGCUCAAAAUCUAGCAAAUCAGACAGUUCCAGUCCAAAUUAGGCCUGGUGUUUCCAUACCACUACAACUGCAAACUAUUCCUGGUACUCAGGCGCAAGUUGUAACAACGUUACCUAUAAACAUUGGUGGGGUAACCCUGGCUUUGCCUGUGAUUAACAACGUUGCCACUGGAGGAAGUUCAGGACAAGUUGGGCAGUCUACUGAGAGUGGCGUUUCCAAUGGAAAUCAGCUGGCGUCUACACCUGUCACUUCUGCCUCUGGUAGUACCAUGCCAGAGUCUCCUUCCUCAUCUUCCACAGCUACAACCACUGCCUCGACAUCUCUGACUAGCAGUGACACACUGGUAAGCUCUGCAGAAACAGGCCAAUACACAAGCACAGCAGGCAGCAGUUCAGAGCAGGCGACUGAAGAACCUCAAACAACUGCUACAGACUCCGAAGCCCAGAGCUCCAGUCAGCUUCAGUCCAAUGGACUACAGAACGUUCAGGAUCAGUCAGGUUCCCUUCAACAGGUCCAGAUCGUAGGUCAGCCUAUUCUGCAGCAGAUACAGAUCCAGCAGCCUCAACAGCAGAUUAUUCAGGCCAUUCCUCCACAGUCAUUUCAGCUCCAGUCAGGGCAGACCAUACAGACCAUCCAGCAGCAGCCUUUGCAGAAUGUUCAACUACAGGCAGUGAGCCCAACUCAGGUGCUCAUCAGGGCUCCAACUUUAACACCAUCAGGACAGAUCAGCUGGCAAACUGUGCAGGUUCAGAAUCUGCAAAGCCUUUCAAACCUGCAAGUUCAAAAUGCUGGGUUACCCCAACAACUAACCAUUACCCCUGUGUCUUCAAGUGGUGGCACAACCAUUGCCCAGAUUGCUCCGGUGGCUGUUGCUGGUACCCCCAUCACUCUGAAUGCUGCCCAGCUUGCUUCAGUACCUAAUCUUCAAACAGUAAGUGUUGCCAACCUGAGUGCUGCAGGUGUUCAAGUUCAAGGAGUUCCUGUUACCAUUACCAGCGUUGCGGGUCAACAGCAAGGACAGGAUGGAGUAAAAGUACAGCAAGCCACAAUAGCUCCUGUAACCGUAGCAGUAGGUGGCAUUGCUAAUGCAGCAAUUGGUGCUGUUAGUCCCGAUCAGAUAACACAAGUGCAGCUUCAACAAGCUCAACAAGCUUCUGACCAGGAAGUGCAGCCUGGCAAGAGACUGAGAAGAGUUGCCUGCUCAUGUCCUAAUUGCAGAGAGGGAGAAGGAAGAGGCAGCAAUGAGCCAGGAAAAAAGAAACAGCAUAUCUGCCAUAUUGAAGGGUGUGGAAAAGUUUAUGGCAAGACAUCUCAUCUUCGGGCACAUCUGCGCUGGCAUACUGGUGAAAGACCAUUUGUCUGCAACUGGAUUUUUUGUGGCAAGCGAUUCACAAGGAGUGAUGAGUUACAAAGGCAUAGAAGAACCCACACAGGUGAAAAGAGAUUUGAGUGCCCAGAAUGUUCUAAAAGGUUUAUGCGAAGUGACCAUCUCUCGAAACAUGUCAAAACUCAUCAGAACAAGAAGGGUGGUGGAACAGCCCUUGCUAUUGUUACCUCAGGAGAACUGGACUCUUCAGUUACUGAGGUUCUUGGUUCUCCAAGAAUUGUCACUGUUGCUGCCAUUUCUCAAGAUUCAAACCCAGCAACCCCUAAUGUUUCAACAAACAUGGAAGAAUUCUGAAAGGAUCGUUUAUGUGGACACCUAGUGCUGCACUUAAGUUUACAUACCUUUCAGGAUAUGGAAGUGGGCUGGUAAAGUGGAUUACAGAGCAGGAAAUCUUUUUUUCAGUCAUGACUUCUGUAAGUUCCAGGUUGGAGGGUCAGCAUGGGAAGUGUACACCGGUGCAACAAGACAAAAAUUUCAAAAAUACAAACAGCGCAAAUUGAUGACUGGAUAAACAGAUAGAGGAAUAAUAUUUCCAUACUGUACUUUUUUAGUUUAUAUAUCUGUAUAUUCUGUAAUGAUUUUAAGUGAACUUUACCCCCCUAUUUUAGCACUGUAUGUUAAUGUGUUUAUAAAAUCAGAUAGUAUCAAUGUAAAACUGGGUGGGCCUUGACUAGGAUUAAUACCAUUUGAUGAAGGCACUUUGUUUUUAACAUAAAUUUGUAAUAAUCUCGUGAGAGCGCCCUUUUCCCAUAAGGCACAGCAAAACAGAACACAGGAUGAACAACAGUGGAUAUAUUUUGGGAUUUUGCUCACUCCAUACAACACAUUGGUUAAUUUUGGCCAUCUUUUCUCAAGUUUUGGAAUUACUCAAAUAGCAGCUGAAUGAUGCAUGCUGCAAAGUGAUUCUGAGGUGGGCCUCAGAUUAGUUUUGACUACUACAUUAUAGUAGUGUGUAUAAAUGACAAUCAGUGAGUUCUAAUUCCUCUCUUUGUGUGGAGAGCUAGGUUACGUAGAAUUAGUGUAAACAGUAGGAAAGAUAAAACCAUAGAAAGAUAUUAACAUAAGUUUUACAAAAGUAAUGGUAUCUUCAUGUAGAAUGAAAAAAAAUUGUGUCAAUUUUUGGUAAUUCAUUUCAUUUUAUGUUUCCCUGCCCAUGGCAAGGAGGUUGGAACUAGAUGAUCUUUAAGGUCCAUUCCAACCCAAACCAUUCUGUGGUUCUAUGAUUCUGUAUUUUAAAACAUCUGUGGCCCAUUUCUAACUCAUAGAUAACUUGAAUCUUAAAAACUCGACCUUAGGUGUUUGACUGUUUUGUUAGAAUCAUGGAAAUCAAUCAGACAACUGACUGUUGUCCAGUAUCUCCUCGCUGUAAAUACUAGUUUAUCAUGUUGUGGUUAAUGUGCUGAGUUCUUUGUGCUUUGACUUAAUAGCCAAAGAAAAAAAAAUAAUUUUCACAUUUUAAUGAGAAAAGAAGUAAGUAAACAUUUUCUCUUUCCCCUUAAAUAUUACCAUUUCUUCUUCCUCUUCAAGGAUAAUACAUAGGCUGGUAAUAAAUACCUGUUACCUAUCAAGUCUUAUACUGACCCUCCAACCACAAAAACUGGGAAAAGAGAAAUAUUAUCUUUUUGGGACAUGAAUUUUGGUUCCAACGGUUUGGUUACAUUUUCAGAUGUGACAGUGAAUAUAGAGGAAAUGUAUAAAAAAACAAAAAAAACAAAAAAAAGAAAAAAGGAAAAAAACAACAACAAAAAUUUCAUUUUCUAUGUGAAAAUUCCAGUAGGUACAAGGAGGAAAGAUGGCCAAAUAUUUCAUACUCAGGAUUUUUAAUUACUUCCCCUAGUCAUAAGUAUAACCUUUUACAUCUACAGUCACUUAUUAAUAAAUUCUCAUUACCACUUUUUAAGGAGAUUUAUAUACCAAAAUGUUUUUAAUGUAACUGAAGGAAGUACAGUGCAAGAAGAACAAGAUGUUUUUCUUUCCCCAGCAAAUUAUGAAAGAAGAAUGUGUGUGGUAGCUGUUGGUUUGAGAGACAUAACAGGUACCCUGUGCAUUCCCUAAAGAGCAUAUACUUCUCAUCUGAACAAUUUAUCAAUCUUGUGGUGUUUUCUGUAUUUUUGAAGCAAAAGAAAUAUCAUUGUUUACACUGUGUACACUUUAGGCCAGCCCUUUGUAGCAAAAUACUAAGCUGAGGGUAUUUUAUACUUUCAGUUUACAUAGAAAGCUUUGAGAUUAAAGAAAAACAAUUUUACACUGUGGUUAUGAAUUUCAAGUUUCUUAAAGCUUUUUUAGACUUGUAACAGAGUCUUUAAAUUUUAGUUGGGUUUUGUACAUUAUUUUGUAUAUUUUAUUUAAAGUACUCUUAACUGAUGUAUCUGGAUUUAAAACGUCAGAAGCAAUUAGGUGUUACAUUUAAUACAGAUGAACAUUAGGUAGUAUUAACUGUUAAUUUUAUUAUAAAGGAAAUGAAAUGUCAAAGAUAUAUUUUAUCAUUAUGCUUCACAAUCAGUGCUCUACAUUACUUUAUGCAAAGAAGAACUUUCCUAAUGUUAAUAUUUCCUAAAAGUUAACAGUUUUGUAAACUGAAGUUACAAGCAUUCUGCACAACCAUUUCAUAUGUAAUUUUUUCAUGCAUACUUAUGUAUGCAGAUAGGAAACUGAAGUAAUUUUUAGUCUGCAAUGAAUCCCUAUUAUAGAUGUAUCCAAAUCUAAAUCUGGUUGGCUUCAUAGCAUCUCAAGUACAUUAACUUGUGUUAGCAGGUGCACAUUUUACCGCUGGAAUUAGAAACAUUCUGCCAGUCUGUUCUGCAUACCAUUCUGAAUCCACUUUUCUGUCUUAAAAGGAUCGUAAAUUUCAAUGUCCUUUAUUUGACUCAGUGGGAUAUAGCUGUUGUAAGUAAUAGGGCACAGAUGUGCUGUAGUAUCUUGUUUAAUGGCAUUUCACUGUUCAUUCCCUUUGCCACCAUUAAAAAUUUUGCUUUAUUGUAAUUAUCAGUGCAAAGUGUAUUUACCAUGGUAGAACUCCAGUGUUAGAAUAGUUUUUUUCUUACAAUAUACUUUCUUUGGUUAGGUUUGUGUAUGUGUUGCCGAUUACAUUAGCAAUUGGUGUUAAGUCAUUAUUUAUCACAUUCUUUCACGAGAGCAGUAAUAAAAGUGUGUAAUCUAGGAGAAAAAGUUAAUUUGUCAAAGUUAAGUAAGCAUGAUGUUUAGGUCCUAUUUUUCAAUUUUAUAACUGUUUUAUUGCAACAAUAUUUGUAUUUAAGUCCUCAUUUUAAUGCCUUGUGGUGUUUUUUUAUGCAUGUCACUGAAUUGUCAUCCCGCAAGAAUUGAUGUGCAGCAUAGGGUAUUAAAUCUACAUAAUGAUUUUGAAACAGAAAAAUAGUUGAUGGUAAAAAUGUAAAUGUUUUGCAAAAAUUCCUUAUAAAAAAAAAGUUUUGUAGUAA